CUUGACUGGUGCCAGAAUGUCGAAAACAGACCACUUAAAGUAUGCAAAACCCCCAAUAGCGCUUUAUUCAAAUGAACCAUUUGUGAUAACUUUUCACUACACUAUUUACAUAACACUACAUGUAGAUUGCUUAUAAUGGCCUGUGCGACAUUAAACGAUUUCCUCUUUAAUCUCAGAGGAAAGUUCACAUGUAAUUAUUGCAAGGGGGCGCUUAACAAUCCCAAGAUUUUACCAUGUCUACACUCUCUCUGCUGCGGUUGCCUCCGACGGCUCGAGAUGGAAAGCCUUGGCGUGGAACGAGCCAGAUGUCCUUCAUGCAGAGCCUUAAUUGACCUGCCGGAAGGCUCUAAUAUCGACAAUCUUCCUUCUCCGCUCUACAUGAAUCGACUACAAGAAAUGAUCAGAAUUCGAAACAACAACCUCGAGUUAGCUUGUGGAAGCUGUGAUCGAAAAGCAGCUGCUGUGUCCUAUUGUUUCGAUUGUAGAUGCCUCGUGUGUGUCGGUUGUGUUGAAGUACAUGCGCGAAUAAAAGUGAUGAAGUCACACCGUAUUGCCGAGCUGAAGGAGAUCUCAUCGAAAGAUCUCCCUGUGUUAAUUCAAGCCCCGUUGUCGUGCCUUGAAGAUGGCCACAAGCAUGAAGCGCUUGAUCAAUUCUGCAAGGAUUGUGAGAGGCAAGUUUGUGAGAAGUGCGUUAAUUCCUCACAUAAGGGCCACAACUUACUGCCGAUCAGCCAAGCGAGUAGAGAAAGUAAAAAGCGUAUUUUACAUGCCAUGGAUGGUUUGCAGGACAAGAUGCUGUCGUGUCGAGAAGAGAUAAAGCGAGUCGAUCAAAGCUACAAAACUGUAGAAAGGAGGGUAAUUACAGCUCGGCAAGAAGUCCUGAAGAAAAUUGAAGACUUGAUCACUUUAUUGAGAAAGCACGGAGAUGAAAUGUUAGCUGAACUAGAGAGUGUUUACAAAGAUCAACAGCUUUCCAUUAUUAAACAGCGGAAGGAGCUUGAAUUACAAAUGGGUCAAUUGCAAAAAACUCAUGAAUUUGCUAAUGAAAUGCUACAGAGAGCUAUUGGGGGCGAGAUUUUAGAUAUGGAAAGGUCGAUGAAAAGACGAUUUCAACAGCUUAUGGCCAUGAAACCCAAACUAGUGCCACAUGCACAGAAAAGUAUAAACGUUGAUUAUAUUCCUGAUCCAGAGGUACAAAAAACUCUGUUCCAGUCAGGCCUCGGGCGAGUUUUUGUGAGCCACACAGACCCCGCGACUUCGAUCGCCGAGGGAAAACAAAUGACCCAACUCCUCACUGGAACCGGAGAACGAAUCGAAUUCACGAUUCAAACGAAAGAUUCCGAUCAGAAACCGAGUUACUCAGAGAAUGAUCGUGUUUCGGUCCAUAUCCAGUCAACUAAAGGUACGGCAAUUCCCACGAGAAUCGAAGACAAGAAAGACGGAAGUUACGUCGUCUCCUACACGCCGUUGAAACCGGGUGUGUACCAAAUCGACGCAAGGGUUCGUGGCGAGCAAAUCAAUGGAAGCCCGUUCACAGUACACGUGACGACUCGUGCCGAGUAUCUUAAGGCGAGCCGGAUAAGCCUGGAAAAUGCUUCUAAACCUGACCAAUACAAACCUGUCUCAUAUUUCGGCUGCGCUGCUCAAGACAAGUUCCAGAUCAAACGUCCAUGUGGUCUUACAAUUGGUUCUUCGGGAGAGGUCGUGGUCGCAGACUCUUGGAAUCGUCGGCUUCUGAUCUUUCAUCAACGGGGUAAAGAGAAAUUGCAGUUUGAGAGUAGAGUUUUGGAGGGUAGCGUGGAUUUGACGAAUCCAGUGGGAGUUGGGUUCGAUUCAGAAGGAAACAUUGUAGUAUCCGACAGUGACAACCAGAUGAUUCACGUAAUCGAUCGAUGUGGCGUGACUAUUAAGACAUUCGGAAGUGACGUUCUCGAAUGCCCGUGGGGAGUUUGCGUGACGCGGGAGGGCAGAAUCACCGUGUGUGACUGGGGGAGCGCUUCCGUUAAAGAAUUUUCCCAACAAGGAAAACUUCUCAAAGAGUUCGCCAGUCGAUCCUCGGCCAAACCUUACUACAUCAUUCAUCACAACGAAAAAUAUUUCGUAACCUUCGAUACACACUGCAUUGAAGUGUUCGACAACGGAGGGAACUUCUUGUAUAAAAUUGGCGAGAGGGGUUCCGGUGAAGGACAGCUAAGGGACCCGAGAGGAAUGGCGAUUGACAGCAAAGAGAAUCUUGUCGUCUGUGACAGUGGGAAUCAUCGUCUCCAGCUAUUCACCACAGACGGAAGAGCUUUUGCGUUUGGAAAUCAGGGGAAAGACGCGGGUCAGUUUGAUAAGCCUCAAGACGUUGUUGUCACAUCCGAUGGCAGACUAUUCGUGACUGAUUAUUGCAAUAAUCGUGUGCAGAUACUGCGAAAGAGCAACAGUGAAGUGCUGAUUAAUUAGAAUACGCUGCAAAACUCCAGAGACGAUGAUUUACUUUUGACAAGUGUAAAUGGCUCUUUCAGUGCGAGUCUCAAGAAAUGUAGGAACUCGUACAUUUACUUAUUUGUUCCCCGGUGGAUUAUUAUGGUUACCAACGAACUUUCACAGUUAUUAGCUAUUUGUUAAGUUAGCCAUGAUAUUUUAACCAUAUUUACAUCAGAGUUGCGAUCACUAAGAAAUUAUUCAAAAUCACUUCUUCUACCCGGUAGUUAUAUCUCGAACAAGAAAGUAUAAUCUCUUGAUUUCAAAGAAACUUUCUUGCGCGAGCUCUAUCGUAUCGCAGGACCACUUUGCUAAAAGCUAUGCUGUUACUAGAAUAACUUCAAAGAAAUGCAGUUAAAAUGAAAAGAGAAAUAGGAUCACUCACGUUUCCUGGGAAACCACUCGAUUUUUAGGCGUCACUCGAUAAAAGAUUUAUAACGAGACUCGUUCAUUCAGAAAUAUAUAAUUAUCUGUGAUAUACUCAGUCAUACAAUGGCCCGCUAAGCGGUCUAAAUUAACAAUGUGAAUAAAAGUAUGACUCCUAAGGAAAGCAAAGACUAUGAUUCAAAGGAAACUGUCAACUUCAAAAAUUUUCGUGUUACAGUUCAAGUAUUAGAUACCUAUGCUAAAAAACUGUUUCACUCGGGGUUUUCAGGUUUAAUUAUGUUGUUCGAAGACAA